UUCGAAGGGCUAUGGGGAAGCCCCAUGGUCGUAUUCGUAAUCAGCAUGGUCGAUAACCUAUAACCCACUAGAUUCCGAGCAAAAAGCGUUUAAUCACUUCGAGGGGUUCCCUCGUUAGUUAUUUGUAAGUAAAAUAAUUGUUUAUAUGUUCUUCGGGAGAAAUUUAAGACUUAUUUUUUAUUAUUGGGCUGAAUACCUACAUCUGCAAAUCAUUCUCACUCACUAAAUCUCAUAGUAGCUUUAUAUUGUACAUAGCAGAGUUAUUAAGAUUGUUAGAUUAUCUGUAAAAAUGAAGCAAAUAGAGUGAGAAUAUUUCUCUCUAAAUUAUUUUGGAUUUUUUGAUGUAAAUGCAUAACACUCUGGUUUACAGCAGAACAGUUUUCUCGGAAGCAGUACGAUUUAGAAGAACGAGUGCUGUGUGAGUGUGUCUAUGUUUUAACCGUGUGUAAAAUUAUUUUUUUUAAUAUAUUUUUGAAUGGAUUGUUAAUAGUUUUUGUCAAAAGAUUUUGUUUUUUUUAAGUUCGCUGUCUGUGACGGUUGUCUGACAGAAAUUCUUAUCUUUUUUUUCCCAACUACAAAGGUAACACACAUUUCUUAAAAAUGAUUGUGAAAAAAUGGCACUAUAAAUGAUAAAAAUGUGAAAUCAGAUAAAAAGUGAUGUAUCGAUAUGAAAAAAGAAUAUAAUUUCAAUAUGUUAGACAACUUUUGUUUUGUCUUUUUUUUUCUCCAAAUCUAACUAUGAUAGUUUCAAAACUAAAUCUUCCAAUAGUUUCUCGUUUCUAGAGUUAGAAACGAUUAUUGAUGUUUAAUUUCAUAUUUCUGAUCCUAUCAAAUUUAAAUGUAUGAUUCACCGCUAUGAAACUAUUUCGAUUAGAUUGGUCUCAUCAAGAUCUCUCAAGGAAUGUACAAUAAUUAUAUAUUUAGUUCCACUUUAUCGGUUCUAUAUCGUACUCAUAAAAAUCACUCAUAUGUCUAUCAUUUUGUCUUAUUCAUCACUGUUUAUUUGACUAAUUAUAACAGCAUAGCUACCACUGAUUAAUAACCAGAUAUAUCUACCAAGAUCUUUUGUUUAAAUACUUUUUAUAUUUAGGUGAUGUUCAAUGGAAUAAAAACCGUGUCUUUAAUCUAUUUUUAAUAAUUGCCUAUUUUUGGACAACUCUUAUUGUUAUGAUUAUAUUGUAUAUAUUUAUUUAUGGUGUUGCUAGUAAUUUAGAACGUAAAUCAAGAGAAAAUGCACGUAAAAUGUCUUCCCUAGUCGGUAUGGCAGGAAACGCUAUGACUCAAAUUGGUAUUGGUGUAACAAAAUCUCCAACAAAAGCAAUUGAUAAAUAUGCAAAUGGUAGUGGAGGUGGAGUUGGAACAAAUGAAAGUCUCGAUGAUGAAGAAGAUCCACAUGGUCUUCCAGCUCACAGUGUUAUUAAUACACAAAAUAGUAGUAAUUCAUCCGAACAAAAACGUGAUGAGGAUAAUUCAAAUUCAUUUGAAUCCCAUUCCGAUUGUGAUUUAAGUAUAAGUGGUACAACAAGUACAGUAGAAAAAAAAAACGAUAAUAAAUUUCCGCGUAAAACUCGACGAGGUAUGAGUGUUAGUGGUGCAACACAGACAAACACACCAAAUUCACGUACAACACGUAAUUUAAAUCGUAAUAAACAAAAUGUUCGAUUUUUUGCAACAAAUAUGGCACAUUCACUCUAUCGUAAUACAAAUCGUCUAAGUGGUUUUUCAUCAAGCGUUUCGACAAAAAAAUCAGCGACUAUACGUAAAGUAGACAGUGGUUCAAAUGGAAAAAAUGUAGUAUUAACACCCAUACCAUCUGAACCAGAAUUGUCAUCUUCUCGUGUUUAUCCUCCACCACAACCUCGUCCUGAAACAUUGGCUAUUUUAUCCGAUGAAUUAUUUCAUGAAAAAUUAAGAUUAAGACAAUCACCACUACUAUUUUUACCACCACCUACGACAUCAACUUCUACUAUAAUAAAUUCUUCUAAAUUAGCUGAAUAUCGACCAUCAUCUUUAUCCCUUAAUUUACCAGUUCCAUCAAAUGAAAUGAUAAAUUCCGAUGAAAAUUUAACUCAAUAUCAAUAUUCAGAAGAUUCAUGUUUAAAUAUUAAUGAUCCAUGUUCAGUGACACAAUCAGAGACAACAACAUCGUACGAUAAAGAAAAAGUAAUUCAUGAUGAUCAAACAACGUCCAAUCAUGUAACUACUGAAAUAGAUAACAAAUCAAAUUUAACAAAUAAUAUACCUUCGACAACAGAAAAUAUAACUGAAAAUAUUUGUCAAAAUAAUUUAAUAGAAUUUAUUGAACAAUCUUCAAAAUUACCUAUACAACAAGAUAUAAACAGUGAAUCAUCGGAUGAAAGUUGGAGACUAUUAAAUAGUAACAGUAGUAGUAUCGAUGAACAUAUACCAUAUAUUGAUGAAACAGAUUUCGAAGAUUUAGGUCCGUCUAAUUUAACGUGCUAUAUUUUACAUCGUCGACGUGUACCAAAUAAUACAAAUGAACCAAUUCGAGAAGAAACUGUUGUUUACAAAUCACCAUUCUAUUUAAAACAUAAACAUCGUUCUAAAACAAAAGUAGUUUCUAAUACUAUUGGUGGUACAAAAUAUGAGAUUUAUGGUACUGAUGAUGCACAAAUGGCCAUUCUCGAAUCGGCCAUUUAUGAUAAUGUUGAAUUAAUAACAUUUGGUGCUAAUAAUACAGCAAUCAAUGAUUUAGAUAUUCAACACCGUAGUCUAAGGAAUGUAUCUCGUGAAAAAUUGUUAAAAAAUUUAUUAAGUGUUAAACCAUCAUCAAUCACAAUGUCUCCGUUAACAAAACACUCAUCAUCAAUACCAAAUGAUCAGUCAACAUCAUCAUCAAUUAUUUUAUUAUCACAAGCAAAAUCUUUACCCACAACUCCAUUAAAUCAUUUAGCGCCAAUUAAAACAACAUCAUCAACAACAACAGUUUCUAAAAAUAAAACAAUUGAACAAGCACUUUUAGAAUUUUUUCAGUGUGGACAAUUAGAUUUUAAUAUUAAUAAUCGAACAAAUGACAAUUCAUCAUCACAUGCAGUAAGUAUGACACUAACAAAUGCUACAUUAUUAAAUGAAAAUGAAGAAAGUACAGAUUUUGAACAAAAUGAAUAUAAUGAAAUAGGUGAAGAAACAUGUUCAUUAUUACGAUUAAAUGAACAAAAAUCAUCGGCAUUUUUUGAUGAUGAUGAUUUUACAACACUUCCACAUGAUCAACAAAUGAUGAAAAAAUUAAUGUUAAAUAAACAACAUUGUCAAGAUUCAGAUACAAAUCAGAGUAGUCAUAGUAUGAGUAUUAAUUAUAGUCAAGAUUUUUCUCUAGAUCGAAUUUAUAAUUAUGAAUCGUCUAUGUCAUCGAUUAGAAAUAAUCAUCAACAUCAACUUCAACAACCAAAAUUAUCUGAACAUACAUCAUCAUCUCUAUCGUUAUCAAUUAAAAAUCCUAUUAGUACAACGUCAAGUGUUCGUAGUUCAACAACAUCAUCAACAAGAUCAAUAACAUCAUCAUCUGGUAAUAGUGGUGGUAUUAAGAAAAAAGUUAAUGAUGAACAUCCACAGUUUUCAUCAACUGAAUUUAAUUUACAAUGUCAUCAUACAACUUCAUCCGAUUCAGAUAUUAUUACAACAAGUUCAACAACAUUACCCACAAAUACACAGUUCAGUUCUGAUUUGGAUCAGAAAAGUGUUCGUAAUUCAAUUACUCAAGAUGUUUUACGGGCCAUAACAAAACUCAGUUCACCAGAUCCAACAUUAGACAAUCCUCUCGUAUUAUCGGCAGUAACUACUAUCUCGGCACCGACAACUGUCAUGCAUGUUCAAGCACUGAUAAUUCCUCCUUGUAAAAAUAUGACAUUAGAUUCAUCGAUAAAUAACACAAUAAAUUGUAUUCGUUUGCCAAUACAAGAAACACAUAGCCAAGAAUUAAGAAAGUCUGAUUCAAUAAAUACCAAUAAAAGAGUAUUUAAUCGUGGUACUCAAUCAUCAAUGCACAAUGAUCACAAUUCAUUAAAAUUAGAAAUAAAUUCAAUGUUAUCCGAUAAACGUUUUUCAACGUCGGAUACGGUUACACGUGAUAAUGAUACAUCUGGCUAUGGUUCACAUGAUGAUCCAUCGACAAUCGGUAUCAAUCCUAAUCGUCCGUCGAAAGUCACAUUUGAUCAUUGUGCUUCGGGAGAUAAUGUUCCAAAAACAAAAGAUCAAGCAGUUUUGACCAAUAUUAGUAGCACUAGUAGUAGUGGUGCUGGUGUUGGAGGAGGAGUAUUUCCAUAUCGAACCGGUGGACUCGGAUGGUCAUAUGGUACAUUGACUAGUGAAGAAGAUAAAGCUGGUGGUGGAAAUCAGUUUGGUGGUAGUGAUAGAACAGGCAUUACAAGUGGAACAUCAUCGACUAAAUCGUCGGUAAAAGAAUUAAUUCAAAAUCAAAGACCACCAAUUCAUAGAAAAUCAAAAUCACAAAAUCGAGCACGCAAAGCUUUGCGAACUAUCACAUUUAUCUUAGGCGCUUUUGUUGUAUGCUGGACACCAUGGCAUAUAUAUUCGGCUGUACAAUCUCUUUGUGAUGCCUGUAAAGAUAAUGUUUUUUUUUCUAAUACAUUAUUUCAUGCCGUUUAUUUUUUAUGUUAUUUAAAUUCACCAAUUAAUCCAUUUUGUUAUGCAUUAGCCAAUCAACAAUUUAAGAAAACAUUUACAAGGAUAUUAAAGUUGGAUUUGAGAAGACUUUAA